CCCGAGGAAUAAAUAUAUCCUUUCCUCUCUUGUGAUUCUCCAUAAAUACACUAACAUCCAUACCCUAGUCCCUCUCUUUCUUCAAUCAAGCCAUUAUCUCAUUGCUUAGCUUCUUUAGUACUUUGUGCGUCUUGAGGGUAGUGUUUUUAUGUGAUCAUGGGAAUUCCGAAGCCAGCAUGGUUGGAAGCUCUCUUCAGAGAGAAAUUCUUUGCCCCGUGCUCAAUUCACGAGAGUGCAAAGAAGAACGAGAAGAAUAUUUGUUGUUUGGAUUGUUGCAUAAGUAUUUGCCCUCACUGUGUGAUGGCUCAUCGUUUCCACAGAUUGAUUCAAAUUCGACGUUAUGUCUACCAUGAUGUUGUUCGACUUGAAGACCUAGAGAAACUCAUAGAUUGCUCAAAUGUUCAGGCCUACACAAUAAACAGUGCUAAGGUGAUUUUCAUCAAGAAAAGACCUCAAAACAGGCAAUUCAAAGGAUCUGGAAACUAUUGCACUUCUUGUGAUAGAAGCCUUCAAGAACCUUUUAUCCAUUGCUCUCUAGGGUGCAAGGUGGAUUUUGUACUAAAGCACUACCAAGACGUUUUUCCAUUCCUAAGGAGAUGCACAACUUUACAACUUAGUCCAGACUUCUUUAUCCCUCAGGACAUGGCUGACGAUGAGACGGCCCACUCAACGAUCGUGGACAGUGACGGGCCGUGGGGCUCAUCGAUGUCCGGCUCGUCGGGAUCGGAGAAUAACAUGAUGAGUGUUUUCCCAUGCACUGAGUUUGUGAGGAAGAAGAGAAGUGGAUUAUACGUGUGUGGAAGAACACUCAAUAGUUAUAAGAACAUAACGGAUGAGGACAUCGCUACUAGCAUGAGUAGAAGAAAAGGCAUUCCUCAUAGGUCUCCUUUGUGUUAGAAUUAAUUUAGUAGAAUUAUUCACAUUUUACUUUGACCACUUUCAAUUAGAAUUUUUUAAUAUUCUUGGCUCACUGCU